AGUUGACCGUCAGUUCGAAAAUGAGUGACGAAACCAUCCCCGAGGAGGUCUCCUCUCUCCCCGCCCAAAGUCAGCAUUACUUUGACCGAUUCUCAGAAGACGAUCCUGAGUACCUGCGCAUCAGGAACAUGGCUGCAGACCUGCGCCAGGACUUCAACCUGAUGGAGCAGAAGAAGAGAGUCACCAUGAUUCUGCAGAGCCCCUCUUUCAGGGAGGAGCUGGAGAGUCUCAUCCAAGAGCAGAUGAAGAAAGGAAACAACUCCAACAUCUGGGCCCUUCAGCAGAUUGCCGAGUUCAUGGCCAGCACUGCUCCCUCCGUCUUCCCUACUUCACCCUUGAACCUUUCCACAGUGACACCUAUCAAUGACCUCCAUGGCACUGACUCUGUGUCGCUGGCCAAAGGGGAGAGGCUCAUGCGCUGCAAAGUUGGCAGUGUCUAUCGGCUGUUGGACCUUUACGGCUGGGCACAGCUCAGUGGCACCUCAGUCACGCUGAGAGUCAGCAAAGAGCAGGAACAUUUCCUGGUUUGUCCCGAGGGCCUUUCCUGUCACGAAGUUACAGCAUCCAGCUUGAUUAAAGUGAAUAUCCUGGGGAAGGUGGUGGAGCAAGGCAGCACCAGCUUUUCAGUCGACGCCCAGGGAUUCAGCCUGCACUCGGCCAUCUAUGCGGCUCGGCCUGACGUGAGAUGUGUCAUCCACCUGCACACACCAGCCACAACUGCAGUCUCUGCAAUGAAACAGGGUCUCUUGCCAAUUUCCCAUGAUGCACUGCUGGCAGGUGAUAUGGUGUAUUUUGACUUCAAUGGUGAAAUGGAGGGAGAGGCAGACAGAAUUGAGUUGCAGAAAUGUCUUGGACCCACCUGCAAGGUUUUAGUGCUCAGGAAUCAUGGCCUGGUGGCUCUUGGAGAUACAGUGGAAGAAGCGUUCUAUAAGGUCUUCCAUUUGCAGGCUGCUUGUGAAGUCCAGGUCGCUGCCUUGUCUAGUGCUGGUGGACCCGAGCAUCUCAUCCUCUUGGAAGGGGAGAAACACAGGCCCCAUGACGUUGGUCUGGUCCGAUGGGCUGGCAGCACCUUUGGGCCUAUGCAGAAGAGCCGCCUGGGAGAGCACGAAUUUGAAGCGCUAAUGAGGAUGCUGGACAAUCUAGGCUACCGGACUGGCUACACCUACCGUUACCCAUUCGUCCAGGAGAAAAUCAAGCACAAGAGUGAGGUGGAGAUCCCAGCCACUGUCACCGCCUUUGUCUUCGAAGAGGAGGCUGGCCCCAUCUCUACCCUCCGCCAGUAUGCCCAGAAGCAGCAGAAAGAAAAGACCCGUUGGCUGAACACCCCCAACACCUACCUACGUGUGAAUGUUGCUGAGGACAGCCAAGGAAGUGCUGGUGGCCAGAGAACCAAAGCCACGUGGAUGAAAGCGGACGACGUGGAGAAGUCCAGUAGUGGAAUGCCAAUCCGAAUUGAAAACCCAAACCAAUUUGUGCCUCUCUACACAGACCCGCAAGAAGUCCUGGAGAUGAGGAACAAGAUCCGAGAACAGAACCGCCAGGAGGUGAAAUCGGCCGGACCCCAGUCCCAGCUGCUGGCCAGCGUGAUUGCAGAGCAGAGCAGGAGCCCGUCUACUGAGAGCCAUUUGGCUGAUGGAGAGAUGAAGGACGUAUCCCGCGUGGAGGCCUCUCCUGAGCCCGAGACCCCCAACCCCUUCAGCCAGCUAACUGACCAGGAACUGGAGGAGUAUAAGAAAGAGGUGGAACGAAAGAAGCUGGAUCUUGACGGUGAGAAGAAGGACAUAGGCCCUGAGGAGGAAGUGACGUCCCCUGAAGAAUCCACAGUUACCCCUACAGAACAGAGCCCCACAAAGCCUGGGGCAAGGAGCCCCUCCAGGUCCCCUUCCAAGGCUUCGGAAGGCGGGAAGAAAUCGGGCGGCAGCCGGGUGCCUGCUGAUCCUGCCGCAGCUGACAAGGCCGAGCCAGAGGCGGUGGUGGUCAACGGGAAGGAGGACGACCAAACUGUUGAGGAGCACCUCAGCAAGGGCAUCAGCCAGCUGACCACCAACACAGACACCACUGAGGGCCCAAAGGACAAAACCGAGUCGGUCACCAGUGGGCCUGUGACCCCCGAAGGGUCCCCUUCCAAGUCUCCUUCCAAGAAGAAGAAGAAAUUCCGGGCCCCCUCCUUUCUGAAAAAAAGCAAAAAGAAAGAGAAGGCAGAAUCCUGAGGUCUUCCCUUUUCCCCCCACACACCGCCUCUUCUUCUCUCCUUGUCUCCCCUUCCUCUUCUCGCCUUCUGCUGCUCCCUCCAAUCUUGCUGCAACACCACGAGGAUAGUGGAGAAAACUUACCCUGGCAAUGGCACGUCUUUCGGAAAUACCCCGAAGAGGAACACAGCCUCAAAUGGCAUUCCUCUUGGAGGUGUCUUUCUUGUUGAGCCCUUGGGGAAGACAAGAAGCAUCUAAGACAUCUUCCUUCUUUCACUAAAGUCUGUGAAUCCACCGAUAGAGCCGCGCUGGAGAAAAAUAUUCUGGCAUGUUAAGCUCAGUGUGGGAGGGAGACGGUGCAUUUCAUGUAACCGUUAGCCACUUCUCCUCUGUUGCUCUCUUGCACGAAGGCAUCAAGCCGUGGAGUGCUGUUCCAAGGGCUUCUUGAAGAUGCACGGGUGGUCCUGAAGCAGGAGGUGGCCUGCACCCACGGGGGCCUGGGGUGAUUUUUACACUUGUUAAAUGGUCACAUCUUCACUGACGAAAAUUGCUCUGAACUUCAGAAGUAUCAUGACAUUUUCACCGCAGCACAGCUGCUAGAGAAACCUAAAAUUUAUCGUGGGGCAUCUGACCAGGGAGCCUUCAAGCACCAUCAGUCUCCUCUAUCUCCAACAGGGUGACCCCAAAUGCCUUCGGAGAAUCGGGUGUUGUACUGUUAAGCGGUGCACGAUUGGUGCAUGACACCUCAGUGGUCCCACAGAGCCAGAGGUGGCAGAGGACAGUUGCCGUUCUGUGGGAUAGCAGGGAGGGUGCAAUCUUCUGGAGGCCUCCUGUGAGCAACCCCCCUGGAAACGAUGGACAGAAGCAAAUCUGUGUGAGUGAAUUAGGUGUGAAAAGAAAACACAGCACGUUCCACGCGUGCUGGCAACCAGUUGGAUUUCUGCACUCAAACGUCUUGAAUUAGUGCGGAUUCCGAGGUACAAGAUUGGCCUUCCCAGCUUGUCAUCUACAACUGAGAAAGAUGGGAAUUGGGAUACAAUACAAACAGAAGGUGCCAGAUUAGGCAGCAGUUUAUCUGCGAGUCCCUUGCCACACGGCCCAUUUUCAAGCUCAAAAAGUUCUGUCUCGGGCCCGCUGCUGAGUCUCUUCUGACAUCAAAAGGGAAACGUGGAUCCCCACUCCAGAGACCCGUCUCGCAGUGGGACAGGAAAACAAACCUCUCUGAAGUUCACCUCACCUGCAUUGCAUCUUGCUAUUACUCCAUAUCAGUCACAUAAGUGCUUCUAUGUCCAUCUGGAAUAUUAAGAGCAAAGAACACACGUGCACGCCCACACUUGCACACAUGCACUCACACUGCCAGGAAUAACUCAUGUAAUAGCAAUGAGUACUACUGAAAUUGCAAUGGAUAAAGCUUGUAGAAAUAAUUUCUCACUGCACUGUUAAAGAAUAUUGUCAUGCGUAAGUUAUUUACUGAAGUGAUGAUAAAGUUUGCUGCGAUCGUAUACUGCUUUAAAGAAUAUGUAUUCUGUGCAGAAAUGGCCUUUCGCUGCUUCCAGUAGAAGUGACCUGGUGUUCUAGCACGACGAUGCGGAUUUUUACCUGGGGCUUCCCAUUGUGCGUCCGG